CUGAAAACCAAGUGAGGAGAUGGUGAGAGGUGUGCGAGGUGACUGAUACAGACUCCCAGGAUCUAAUAUCAUUCAGGAUGCUUCUGUUACACAACUGUUGACGUAAAGACAGCAAUAUGGAAGAAAAGCCCUUUAAGAGUGAGAUAUGUGACCGAGCCUUCAUGCAGGCAUCAGUACUCGGGGAACACCAAUGGAUUCACACUGGGAAGGAGCCGUUCGAAUGUGAGGUGUGUAAGCAGAACUUUACAAAGUUAUCAGGCCUGGUGAAUCAUCGCUGUGUUCACACUGAGGAAAAACCAUUCACGUGUGAGACUUGUGACAAAUCGUUCUCACAGUCAUCAAAGCUCCUAAUGCAUCAACAUAUUCACACAGGGGAGAAACCCUUCACAUGUGAGGUGUGUACCAAAUCAUUCUCUGAUUCUUCGACCCUCUGCAAACACCAACGCAUUCACACACAGGAAAAACCAUUCACGUGUGACACAUGUGACAAAUCGUUCUCACACUCAGAAAACCUCCGUAGACAUCAACGCAUUCACACAGGAGAGAAACCAUUCAAUUGUGAGGUUUGUAACAAAUCAUUCUCACAGUCAGUGAACCUCCGUGCACACCAACGUAUUCACACAAGGGAAAGACCAUUCAAAUGCGAGAUGUGUGACAAAUCAUUUUCAUCAUCAUCGAACCUCCGCACGCACCGACGCAUUCACACGCGGGAGAAACCAUUUACUUGUAAAGUGUGUGACAAGUCAUUCUCGGAUUCAUCCGCCCUUCGUAGACACCAACAUCUUCACACCGGAGAGAAACCAUUUGUGUGUGAGGUCUGUGAGAAAUCGUUUGCAGACUCAUCGAGACUUCUGCUCCAUCAGAGGAUUCACACAGGGGAGAAACCAUUCAUAUGUGAGGUGUGUAACAAAGCAUUUUCAGUGUCAUCGGCCCUCCACAAGCACCAGGGCAUUCACGCGGAUGUGAAGCCAUUCACAUGUGAGGUGUGUGACAAAUCAUUCUCACAGUCAGAGAACCUCCGCACGCACCAACGUAUUCACACAGGGGAGAAACUGUUCAUGUGUGAGGUGUGCAACAAGUCAUUCUCACGGUCGUAUAACCUUCGCAGACACCAAUAUGUUCACACGGGAGAGAAACCAUUCACAUGCAAUGUGUGCAACAAAUCAUUCUCGAGGUCUUGGGACUUCCUUGUCCAUCAGAGGAUCCACACAAGGCAAUAAUUGUUAAAGUCUGAGAUUUGUGAUGAGCUACUCAGGACACCACAGGAUUUAAGAGGGAGAAAGUCUUCAGGUACAAUAUUUGUGACAAGUCUUUUGAACAGUCAGCAUAUCUCCUGAUCCAUUAACAUUCUCACAAGAAGGAAAUUGUACCAAGAUGAGUUCUGUAAUAAAGCCUUCACACAGUCUCGGACCUCCUGGAACAUUAAUGAUUCCAUACAGGCCCACUUGUACCAAUCUGCCCUCAGACUUAAACCUGCAUCCAGUCUCACUGUGCAGGGUGUUCAGUGGGACUGGGACACAGAACAAGAAGCAGCUUUCACUCCCAUCAAACAACUAGUGAUGACAUCACCAGUGCUGAGGGAUGAUGAUGUAACAAUGGAGUCACCCUGCAGUGUGAUGUCAGUGAAACAGGACUUGGAGUAACCCCCAGGCAGUGAGGACAACCCGCUGUGUUUGUAUCCAGAGGGUUUACACAAACUGAACAACACUGUGCACAGAUAGAGUGUAAGUGUAAGAUUAUUGUGCUCUGGUUAUUGUGUCCUGUAAAGAAUAUAACUUCAUGUACAGAGAUAUCACUGGGAAGUGAAGUACAAGCUAGGGAAGUAGGUGUACAUCACUGACAUGCUGUCAAGCACUGCACUCUCUCUGAAGGAAGUUGAUGCUGGUACGCAGUGUGAAAUAUUCCAGGUUCAACAAGAAGCAACAGCAUGACAUGUCAUACCCUGGAAACCAUCAAACCAACAGAGACAUUGAUUCUGACAGAUAGGUGUCUUGUUCAGAUCAACCAAAUUUCACUGAGAUGCAUUUCUUCAGGUGUUCUAAUAAGUUGUGUUGAACGGAUGGUCUGAAACCAUCAAGAACGCAUGUUGUUGUAAGAGAAGUAUUGGACAGAGGUGAGAUCAUCACCCAAGAUGGCAUCUUGUAAAAAGGGAGCAAGAUCAUUCACCUAAAUAGAAGAGUAAAGAGAUGCUGAAACAUCCUACACAAUAAACAAUAAGUGCAGGAGUAGGCCAUUCAGCCCUUCGAGCCUGCACCGCCAUUCAAUAUGAUCAUGGCUGAUCAUUCCUAAUCAGUAUGUGCUUCCUGCCUUAUCUCCAUAACCCUUGAUUCCACUAUCCUUGAGAGCUCUAUUCAACUCUUUCUUAAAUGAAUCCAGAGACUGAGCCUCCACUGCCCUCUGGGGCAGAGCAUUCCACACACCCACCACUCUCUGGGUGAAGAAGUUUCUCCUCAUCUCUGUCCUAAAUGGUCUCCCCCUUAUCUUUAAGUUGUGUCCUCUGGUUCGGCACUCACCCAUCAGCGGAAACAUGUUUCCUGCUGCCAGAGUGUCCAAUCCUUUAAUAAUCUUAUAUGUCUCAAUCAUAUCCCCUCUCAGUCUUCUAAAUUCAAGGGUAUACAAGCCCAGUUGCUUCAGUCUUUCAAUGUAAGGUAGUCCCACCAUUCCAGGAAUUGACCUCGUGAACCUAUGCUGCACUCCCUCAAUAGCCAGAAUGUCUUUCCUCAAAUUUGGAGACCAGAACUGCACACAGUACUCCAGGUGUGGUCUCACCAGGGCCCUAUACAGCUGCAGAAGCACCCCUUUGCUUCUAUACUCAAUCCCUCUUGUUAUGAAGGCCAGCAUGCUAUUAGCCUUCUUCACUACCUGCUGUACCUGCAUGCUUGCCUUCAUUGACUGGUGUAAAAAGUGAGGUCUGCAGAUGCUGGAGAUCAGAGCUGAAAAUGUGUUGCUGGUUAAAGCACAGCAGGUCAGGCAGCAUCCAAGGAACAGGAAAUUCGACGUUUCGGGCCAGAGCCCUUCAUCAGAGCUCUUCAUUGACUGGUGUACAAGAACAUCCAGAUCUCUCUGUACUGCCCCUUUACCUAAAUUAAUUCCAUUGCCUUCCUGUUCUUGCCACCAAAGUGGAUGACCAUACAUUUAUCCACAUUAAACUGCACCUGCCAUGCAUCUGCCCACUCACCUAACUUGUCCAGGUCACCCUGUAAUCUCCUAACAUCCUCAUCACAUUUCACCCUGCCACCCAGCUUUGUAUCAUCAGCAAAUUUGCUAAUGUUAUUGCUGAUACCAUCUUCUAUAUCAUUAACAUAUAUUGUAAAAAGCUGCGGUCCCAGCACGGAUCCCUGUGGUACCCCACUGGUCACUGCCUGCCAUUCCGAAAUGGAGCCGUUUAUCACUACCCUUUGUUUCCUAUCAGCCAACCAAUCAAGGAAUUGAAUCUGUUCUGAGAUAAGAGUAGUGCUCUACUGGCCAAACGUGAGAAAUAAGAUGAAGGACACAUCAGCCAGUGCAGUGUGUGUAAUAAACAUCCAAGUAAAUAAGAUAAAGAGCUGCUCAUGACUUGUGACUUACCAGAGAGUCCGUAGAUGAAACUUGGAGUCGAGCUGUUCACUCUCAUGGGACUGAUUCUCUCGUCACAGUUGACUCCUAUUUGUCAGCGGGGAGUUCGAGUAGAGAUGUCACUGACUCUCAGUGAGAUCAGAGAAUGUCUGAAAGCACACUUCAGUCAUCAUGACAUCCCUGACAUUGUGUUCAGGGAAAUUGACCUCAAUUCAUGAGUGAAGAAUGCAAACGCUCUCUGAAUGUUUGAGAAAUUCAGCAUCACACGUCAUCCCCAUACAACCCAGUCAAAUGGAAGGACUGAGGCAAAAGUGAAAAUUAUCAAAGGGAUUGUGAAUAAAUCAGUUAUAUCCAACAGAAGCCAAUCUUAGAGUAGAGAGACACACUCACUGAAGAAAUGGCAAGUUGUCCAGUCCAGCAACUAAUGUCACACCCCACCCAAACUAUUUUCCCAAUAAUUGAAAAGCUAUUUAGGCUAGAAAUAGCGAUGUGAGUGCUGGCAGCCAAGUUAAACAGCAGAUAGGUAAAUAUCAGCUUGAUAAAGGUGCCACAAGCAUGCAAUGCACUCAGUAAAAGUUAGUCCACUUGGCAAACUGAAACGUUAAUUGUGUACAGUAUUUGAAGCUGAAUGACCAGGUUUAGUGAAACACAGACAGUUCUGUGCACGUGGAGAAGAUGCUCCAUCAAAGCAGAAGAGGUAGCUCUGUCUGUACCGGCAGAGCAAGAAAAUUAAUAACCAUCAGUUCUGGAAGUCAGCCGUUUCCAAACAAGAGCAAUAGUUUGUCAGCAGCAAUCACACAACAAUAUCCUUAGAGAGACAGAGUCACCUCCAGAACCAGCAAACAUCAGAUGAAUAACCAACAGAAAUUCCUACGCAUACCUUAAGGAGACCUGCACACUUUAAAGAUUAUAUGUGCAAUACUUUGUAGAGCCAGAGACUGUGAACAAACUAGAAAAAUAUAACUUUUUGCUUAUGUGAUAAUUGUGUUUCAGAAGUGUGUAUACAGAAUAACUUGCAUGCAAUUUAUUUUUCUUGUAAA